CCCUUCUUGCAGUUGCUUUGACGUUUAUACAAAGAGAAAAUGCCUGAUCCUGCAAAAUCAGCCCCUGCGCCCAAGAAAGGCUCCAAAAAGGCCGUGACCAAAACCCAGAAGAAAGGGGACAAAAAGCGCCGCAAGAGCAGGAAAGAGAGCUAUGCCAUUUACGUGUACAAGGUACUGAAGCAGGUGCACCCAGACACGGGGAUCUCCUCCAAGGCCAUGGGCAUCAUGAACUCGUUUGUCAACGACAUCUUCGAGCGCAUCGCCGGGGAAGCGUCGCGCCUGGCGCACUACAACAAGAGAUCCACCAUCACCUCCAGGGAGAUCCAGACCGCCGUCCGCCUGCUGCUGCCCGGCGAGCUGGCCAAGCACGCCGUGUCCGAGGGCACCAAGGCCGUGACCAAGUACACCAGCUCCAAGUAGAGGCGGACAGAGGCUCCGUACGAGGGGGACAGCGUUCACCAAAUCACCUCCAAGACGAUGCGUGCCCCCUUCACUGUGCCAGGUGUUUACUUGGCAAAACGGCGUUUGUGAUUUUGCACCAUUUUCCGGUUUUUGAAGCGAAUGAAUGCCAGUCGAACCCAGGCCUUAGGUUGAAUGUCUUGAGAUUCAUUGGAACUGGAGCGGUAGCCUGCCAUUUUGUUUUAACUCCGUGUUGCGUCUUUUUCCCCUGAGCUGUGUAACGUUUUUAACAAAUAAUUUAAUAAAUCCAGAACGAAUGUAAGUCGGUGCUCUUCAUCUGUGGACGUCUCUUUGCUUUGCGCCAUUGUAAUACUGAUUUGUGUACGUGCACCUUAAACAUUUACCCACAGACUCAGCUGUAUGUAUGGCACAGUCAAAACGCACGUUGUGAGAUUAAAGCUGUGAUUUACC